AUGAACAAAAAUGGAACAGCUAAAAUGAAUGAUAAUCAAAUAAGAGCCGAAGGUAGAAGGUUAUUUAAACGCUUCUAUAACAUUCCUGAUGGUGUUAAUCCUAAAACUCGUAGAAGUUAUUUAAAUGAAGCCAUAGAUGCAUAUGAAGGAUUUGACAUUUCAUCAGAAAGUGAGAGGUUAGCAAGAAUGUUAAACGUUAAUAUUGAUUUUUAUUAUUGUGACCCUCAACCAGAAGACGUAGAAAUUAACAAGGUAGACUUUCCAUUAGUGGAAUCAAUAAUGAUAGAUCCAGAAUUUGAAACAGUAAAUAUUUUAUUAACACAGAGUCCAUGUGGAAAACUUCACGCUGACAGAAUUACAGACGUUGAAGCACUCACCGGCUAUAGAGUUUGUCCAUAUUGUAAAGAAGAAGUUUAUUCUAUCCGUGAUGAUCCAGAAAGGAAAAACCAAAGAAGAUUUUUAAAACAUUGUGAGAAAUGUAAAGAAAAUAAUGGAAGAUUAAUUCAAGACGUUCAAUUGCAAAACACACAACAACCAUAUGCACCACAUAUCACGAAACAGAAGAUAUAUCAAUGGCUAUUAGCACAUAAUUUGCAGGAAUAUUAUAAACCAACAAGAUAUUAUAUUACUUUUGACUUCGAAACAUUAGAGACUAAAGAAGAACUUCAACUUUCUGAAUGUGCAACUUUGAACGCUUACUUAAAACCAUUUAUGGUAUCAUCAAUGGUUAAAUUAAACGAUAAAACAUUUACGAGGAAUUUUUGCUUAACAUCAAGUGAUUCGUUCAUCUCUGAAUGGAUUGAAUUUUUAUUUUCAACCUGUUCAUUAGUUGCUAAAUCAAAUAUUGAACAAUAUGAAGAAUUAAUGAAGCCGCAAACGGCGGGGACUUUGUCUCAAACAUUAAAUGAAAAACAGAAGGAAGCAUUUAAAGAACUUCUAGAUGAAGAAUUCAAUAAAGUGAAUAUCAUAGGUUUUAAUUCGGGAAAGUUUGAUUUAAAUUUAAUUCUUCGUGAUUUAAAUACUGCAAAAUGGAAGAUAAAAUCAAUGCUGGGUUCUUCUUCUCAAUUUAAGCAAGUCAUAGUAAAGAAAACAAACUGUCCAUAUGAAUUAAGAUUUAUUGACAUCAGAAAUUAUAUAGCGGGUGGGACAUUAGACCAAUUCACUCAAGAUUUCGGAAACAAUAAGUCACGUGUUAAAUCCUUUUUCCCUUAUCAAUUCAUCACAUGGGAGAAUUACGAAGAAGAAUUAUAUAAAGUGGAACCAUUCACUCAAGAUUCAUUUUAUUCAGCAUUAACUCAAGAAACUAUAUCAGAUAGUGAUUAUCAAAUAUAUCUCAAUGAUGCUAAAAACUUUGAGAAUAGAUUAGAAUAUUUUAUUCAUUAUUGCAAUAAAGACGUUGAAAUUAUGAUUGACCCAAUUGAUAAAAUUAUCGAAGAAACAUUUGUUUAUAAAAUUGACAUGCUUCAUAAUCUUUCUUUAUCAUCGAAUGCAUCAAUGAUUCGUUACGCUUUAGCAUAUAAAGACUUUAAUCCUAAUGAAAAAUAUCCUGAGGAAAAGAUAGAAUCAAGUUUUGAAUUAACAAAAAAGUAUUGGAAAUAUAAAAUUGAUUCAUAUAAGAAACAAGAUGAAAAGGCGAAAAGAGAUACCAAAAACAAUGUUUCAACGGAUGACUAUCAAUACUAUCACGAUUUAAUCCUUUCAUCUAAAUGCAAAAUGUGUGGUAAAGCGUUUACAUAUGCAAAUAAACCAACAUUGGAUAGAAUCGAUAAUGAAAAACCACAUACCAAAGAAAAUUGUCAGUUAAUGUGUUGUUAUUGCAAUGUCGUUAAAUCAAAUAAAGAUGAAGACAUUCAACGUUUAAGAAUCAAUUUAAGAAAUUAUGCAUUAAAAAAUAAUUUACCAAUGACUUUAGAUUCAGUUGAAGCUUAUCACAUUCUCCGUAAUGGAAUUACUGGUGGUUUAUCAAAUGUUCAACAUCGUGUUAAUCUUAAAGGAAUCACACACAUUAAUAAACUUUCAUAUAGUCCAGAAACUAAAACUGUAUCAAAUGAGGACACUUCCAACAUCAUGACUCAUUUCGUUGGAGUUGAUUUUAAUUCAUUAUAUCCUUCAUCAUUUUCAUCUAAUCCUCAUGAUUUCAUUCAAUAUACUGACCAUAAAAUGUAUAUGCCGGGAAGAUUGAAUGGUGUUAUCAUUUGUGAUACAGCAACAAAGAAAGCAAAAGCACUGGGAAUAAUUAAGAAGAAAAAUACUUUAUUCGUGGCUGAAGUAAAGGGUCACAUUGAUGAAAAAUACAUUAAUGAUUACAUAAACUUUUUACCGAUAAUAAGAAACUUAGAUAUUAUCACAGAUGAAAAAACAAUUGGCAGUUUUAUGUAUAAUUACAUGAAAUCAAACAAUCUACCGGUUGACCAGAAACAGAGAAAAUUAACUCAGUUAGCAUCAACACACAACCAAUAUCAACCAUUUUCUUCUUAUUAUCUUUGGUAUCUAAUCGACAGAUUUCAUUUUAUCAUCGAUGACAUUCAAUCAAUUUUAACAUUUACGAAAAACACUUGUUUUAAUGAAUUUGCGAACAAAUUUAUGAACGAAAGACAAAAGGCUGAAUUAGAAGGAAAUAAAGGAAAAAGUUUAUUUUGCAAAAUUUCACUUAAUGGAUCAUAUGGUUACGAUGCAAUGAAUACACAAAAUUACACAAAGACUAAAAUAAUGAAUGCACAGAAGGCACGCGUUGCAUGUAUGGCAAAUAAGUUUAAAAACAUAAGAGAAAUAGGUGAAGAUACGUAUCAAAUGAUGCUCAAAGAUAGAUUUUAUAGAUGUGAAACAUGUUUACAAGAGGCAUUCUUCACUUUAGAGAAUGCUAAAUACUGGUAUUUGGUUUUCAUUUAUGAUUUUAUGUAUAAAUGCAUGGAUGUUAAUCGUUUUCAUUUCAUUGAAGGUGAUACUGAUUCAUCUUAUUGGGCAAUCGCUGGUGAUCCAAAUCUUCCUAACACUCAAGCAUUUCAAGCAAUUGUUACUGAUAAACAAUUUUAUGAUAAAAACAUUUACAAAUUCGCACCUUUUGAUUUCUUUUGUUUUGAUGAGAAAUUUAAACCUAAAUUAAAGAAUAAAGCUGAAGAAAAAGCACAUGAGAAGAAGUUAUUGGGUUUAGCAAUUGAGAAACAAGGUGAUAACAUGGUUGCUUUAUGUCCUAAGUGUUAUACAUCAUUCAACGGUUCAAUUGAUGGAAGUGAUUUUAAAAAGAUUGCACAAAAAAUGAAAGGAGUUAGUUUACGACAAAAUAAACAAUUAACACCUAAAAAUUAUUUGGAUAUAAUAAAUGAUAAAGUGAUAUUUGAUGGUCAGAAUAUUAAUUUACAACUUAAAAAUGGGUUAAUGACUCGCUUAACAAUCGGUAAGACUGCAUUAACAGGAGCACACACUAAGGCUGUAUGUUGUGAAAAUGGAUGUUGUAUGCCGUUUAUUAAAUGA